AGUGACAGUGAACAGGUGGAGGAGGUAGAAGAAGACAACCAUGAAGAUCCAAAUGAUGUGGGAAGGUUUCUUGAGGAGCACAUACAGUGGCCAGUUCAGAACCUGGAAAACGAUGGCCAGGCGGUGAAGGACGUGGUAAACAAACUCCUCUUCAUCUUCAGACAGCUCCUGUCAAAUAGUUUCUUCCCAGUGCUGCGGCUCCCCGUUGAGGUGGACAGUGCCUUUGAAGGAUGGAGUCCUCGUGAAGAAGACAUCGUCUACCGUGUGCUUGUGCCCAUGAUACCCCCCCGUGGGCACAUCUUUUACGUGGAGAUGGGCACUGUGAGCCACAUGCAGGUGAGGUACUCCCGCAUCCGCGUGGAGCUGGAGUGCACCUGCGCAGGGGAGGGGCUGGUGGAGGACAUGCUGUGCUUCCUCCACCACCCCGAGGAGGAGCUGAGGAGAAAUCAGUCUCCCAGACUCCUACACACCCUGCACCCCCUCUGCACUGGCUCCUACCUAGACGUGGAGAAAACUGCCCGCUGGAUGCACCAAUUGGUGAAAGCAGCCUGGGUGGUUUUGCCCGAGUCAUCCCAAUGCCGCCUGAAGAUGUUUCCCCCUCACCGCUCCUGCAAAUUCCAGAUAAAAAAACGCAACAACAAAAAGUUCCUGAUUGAGCUGAUGUUUGGAGUGCAGCGAUGCAAAUCAGAUGUCUUCGUGAGCAACCAGAGUGCAGGGGCCAUCUUCACCCCAAGGACAAUGUGGUUAGAGACCUACGUUGUGGCAGAGAUGAAGUUCUUCAGCCAUGUGGCGAGGCAGGCUCCACGUGACAGCUUCCACCUCAAAUGCCUGCAGCUCUGCGCCCACAUCCUGGUGGGCACAAGUUUUUCCACCUAUUUCUUGAAGACAAUUGUGAUGCACCUCCUGACAAGCAUCCCUGUGUCAGACUGGCGCAGGAGGGAUUUCCUGAUGCGGCUGCUGGAUAUCAUGCAGUACCUGCGCUACUGCCUGGAGGAGAAACGCCUUGACCACUUCUUCUUUGGCAACGAGAACAUGCCCGAGGAGAUAACCUUGCCCCCAGCUUUCCAAACAGCCACACCACCCAAUCUCUUCCAGCACCUGGAGGAGGAUCCGGCCGCCCACGCCGAGGCACUGCGUGAGUUCACAGAGCUGCAAGAUCGACUCACAAGACUGCUGAUUUUCGGCUACUGA